AUGACAUCAAAUCCUUUAAAAUCUAAAAAAUCCAAACGUAGCAGAAAACAAGCCAAAUGUAUUUAUUGUCACGAAUUAUUAUAUGGAAUUCCUGAGCAAAUGUUAAGACAUUUAAAUGAAACUUGUGAAAAAAUUGAAGAAGAAAUUCGGGAUACCUUAAGUAAUAUUAAAAUAACUCGUCAUCCAAAGAAGCGUCAAAAUGCUAAUUCACUAAAACAAAGUAAAAAUAAAAGUAUUCAAAUUAAUACAAGUUCAAGUGAAGAAGAUAAUGAUAUUAAUCAAUCUAGUACAAAUACUUCAAAAUAUAGAGUAGAAAAUAACAAUUUAAUUCAUUGUCAAUUACUACGAGCUCUUAUUUCAGCAAAUGUUUUAUUUUCCUUUGUAGAAAAUGAAGAAGUUCGAAAAUUAUUUAAAAUGGUGCAACCUUUAUAUACAUUGCCAUCUCGAAGGUGGAUUAGUACUGAGAUUUUGGAUAAAGUACACGAUGAAGUAGAAACUGAAGUUCAAAAGUUUGUUGACGAUUCUAAAUUUUUAACAUUAUCAGGAGAUGGGUGGACCAACGUUACUAAGCAUAGCUCUAAUAUGGUAAAAGCACGAAAAAUGGUUAAUGAAGAUCCUGAAUUACAACGAAAAAUUAUUACGAUACCUUGUAUGGCUCAUCAAACUAACUUGUUAGUAAAAAAAAUCAUAAAAUCUAAGCAGUUUGAGCCUAUAAUCACUAUGAUGCUUUCAGUUAUUAAUCACUUUCGUAAUUCAAAUCAUGCCUUAGCUAAACUAAGAGAAUUAGAAAAAAAUGAACAUUUAUCUCUUCAGUAUCCUUAUUCAGACGUUUUAACUAUUAAAGGAAAUGAAAGUCAUAAAAUAAUUAACAUAAUUGAAAAUGUGGAGUUUUGGACAAAACUUGACGCAUUUCUUAAUAUACUAAAACCAUAUGAUUAUGUCAUAAAAAUUCUAGAAUCUGACAAAGUAACACUUGGUCAUAUUUCAGCAACUUGGGUAUGGCUCAGAAAAAUUAACGACGAAUUACCUGCAGAUAAUUUUUUAGACUUUAAAUCUUUAAUGCUAAGUGAAAUUGAUAAUAGAUGGGCAAAAAUUUAUGAUUCAACUUUUUUAAUUACGUGGUUUCUUCAUCCAUACUAUCGUGGCAAAGGAAUAAGAGAAGAAAAAUUUCUUCAAAUACAAGAAGAUGCAUAUAGCUUAUUCUGUUUAUUAUAUCCAGAAAAAGAUCAUGACACUUUUGUAGAUGAAUGGCUCAUGUAUCAAAAUUAUGAAAAUAUUUUUGAUAAAAACUCAUCUCUAAAUCGUUCUAGUAUCACCAAAUUACCUUUAAGAUAUUGGCGAACUAUAUUAGUUCAUGUUCCAAAUUUAGCUGAGUUUGCUUGUAGGCUUUUCUCUAUACCGCCAAAUUCAGCAACAUCUGAAAGAGUAUGGUCAUUAAUGGGAAAUAUUCAUACAGAACGACGCAAUCGUUUAUCAGUUCCUAAAACAGCUAAAAUGACAAAAAUUGCGUGGUACUUAAAGGAACAAGUUUCUUCGCAAAUAAUUGAUGACAUAGAAAACUUAGAUCCAAGUAAUCGUAAUAACUUACCAGUUAUCUCUCUAUUUGAAUUUUUUAAUCCUCAAUUAAUUCAACAACUGUUG